AUGAGUUACGAAAAUUGUGAUAAUCGAGUGCCCAUCAAACGUGAGGAUCCAGAGUAUCUCGACGAAGAGGAGAGAUUUUACGGCUACGCGCCGGUGGAAGUGAAAAGAGAUUCGGAGAUGCAGGGCUUCGCGCCAUCCUCGCCUACGCAUUUAAUGGACCUGAGCAAUGGCUCCGAAAGGCCGCAACUACAGCAGCCGUGGCCAACGAACGUUAUAUUCGACGGAGACGAUAGAGAAUAUCAGCAACCUCAGUAUCCUCCCUACGACCAGAUGUACGUAGCAGAUCAGCGACAAAGACAGUUCUCUCGAAGUUUCUACUUUGACGAUUCAAACUCACAAGAUAGAGUUUCAAAUUAUUACGAACAGACUGAACUUCCCAAAGUUGGCGAACCAGUGUACCGUUCGUCCACAGAAGAGCGCAGCGAUGAAAAUGAAGAGCAAAGAAGAACAAGAAAACGUUCAUCAAAAUCCUCGCGAAAGAAAACUCAGUCAUUCGAGGAGAUACAGAUCCAACGAGUGAUGGCUAAUGUGAGGGAGAGACAGCGCACGCAAAGUCUCAACGAAGCUUUUGCAAGUUUGCGUCAAAUUAUUCCAUCUCUACCUAGUGAUAAGUUAUCAAAAAUACAGACUCUACAAUUGGCCACUCAGUAUAUAGAGUUCUUAUAUCAGAUACUAUCCAAUAGUGAAUCUACAUCGAAUAGCGACGUCGGCAGCGAUUCGGGCAGUGAACACGGCAAGUACCUCGCGCAGGAUAAGUUAAGUUACGCUUUCUCAGUGUGGAGGAUGGAGGGAGAGUGGACUAACGGACAAUCG